AUGGCCGAUGCGGCGAUGGAAAACGCCCGGAAACUCCACCCCGGGGUGAAGCCGCCGGUCGUGAUCGAUAGUUUAAAAGCGAGUAAUUUAGAUCAACUAAUUAGCGGCGGCGCACCAUCACCGGCGAUGGUGCACUCGAAAUUAAAUCCAUCGACGAGCGCACAGUUGGAGCCCGGAAGGACACCGACGCCCACACCCGGUGGGUCACCGAAGCACCCAAUUACAGUGUCCCAUUCUUCGGCGACAACCAGUGACAACCACCGACAACGGUAUGGCGAUGGAGCUAAGGUUGAACAACCGGAGCCAAGUUUCAUCCUGCUCGACGACAGCGUGUACAUUGCGCCCGUUGGCCACCGGAAUAGCAGCGGGCAUGGAACAUCGCGAGUUCUCCCACCAGCCGGAACCGACCUAACGCUCGAUGCCGUCUUUGGGGGGCGAAACUUUGACGAGCAAAUCAUCUUCCUCAAUGGGCCAGAUCUGGUGGACGCGAGUGCCGAACAGGAGAUACCUUCGCCGAUGGGAAAAGUUCCACGAGCUGUCGCUGAACCGGAGGAACCACUCGUUCUGCCACUGAGACCGAUCGUGCGCGAUCCGGCCGAGGAGCAGCUGGCCGACGGAAAUGUGGUGCUCGUGUACGCCGACCAGCACGAGACGGUGCGGUUAAACUGUGAGGUCGAUGCCGACAUCACGACGGGCGUGUGGCUUAAGGAUGGACAGAUCGUGCACGCUACGGACAAGAAGUCACGCACCGCUGACGUACGGUUCGUGCGCGAAUCCUUCGGUGCGCUUACCAUCGCGAACGUGAUGCUCGAGGACGAUGGCGUGUGGCAGUGUGAGGCGGAAAAUGCUCGCGGGUUUUUCUUCAACGGCCGGCCAAUCAAGCUGAUCGUGUUGGAUCCACCGAAGGAACCGUACCUGCUGAUCGAUUCCCGCCGGCUCGACGCGGGCAACAUGUUCAUCCCGGUGAAGGAAAACUCCGAGCUGACGCUGGCAUGCGUCAGUGAGGGUGGAAACCCGAAGCCAACGCUCACCUGGGAGGUGCUGCUCAGCCCCGGCAUCGACCGGCACGCGCAGAAACUAUCGACCGACGUGCUCGAGCUGCAGGAGAUAAGAAAGGAUAAGGAUAAGGAACCGUACAAGAUCAACAGUGGUGCCGUGUCGGAGGCAAAACUGGCUGCCGUUUUCCGCGUGCACCACCAGGCCCGUAUCCUGUGCAUCAUGGAGCACCCGACGCUGAAAGUGCGCCAAAACGCUUCGAUCCUGCUCGAUGUGCAGUACACACCAUCGUUUGCCAUCACGCGGACGCCCGGGUUCGGGUAUCCGCUCCGGGAAGGCAUCGAGGUUUCGCUCAAGUGUGACGUCGAUUCCAACCCACCAAGUACGCCGCUCUGGCAGAAGGACGACGGUGACCCGCCAGUUCCGCAGACGGGCGAUGGCUUCCUUAACUUCUCGGCGAUCCGACGGGAGCACUCGGGAUGGUACAAGUGCACCUCGCGGCAUCUCAACUUCCAGUACUCGAGCAUCGGGUACUAUCUCAGUGUGCGAUACGAACCGGUCGACGUCACUUCGGAACCGGUUGAACAGGACCUCUCGCUAUCACCAGCAUCCUCAUCAUCUUCGGCCGCUGUCCCAUCGUCUGCAGUCUCCGGCUCACCGGGUAGUUUCCCGUACGCAAACGGUGCAGGAUCCUUCCCGGCAGGGCUUGUCCCGGGUGGUUCCCCAAUCAAGGGUGGUGGCCAGAUGGAAGUCGAACUCGGUGGUUCCGUUACGUUGCAAUGCCCGCAAGGUUCCCUCGGCUGCUGGUCGCAUCUGGACUCGGCAACGGCUCGCCUGAAAGGGCUUGGUUCGGGCAGUUACGCCCAAACCGGUCAACUCUCGCUAAAGGACGUCGUCUAUCAGGACGCGGGCACGUACAAGUGCGUUGGACAGAGCGCCACCACCGCAGCCGCUGCUGGUAACCGCAAAAAGCUCGAGGUGCUCCAGACGGUUUCGAUCGCGGUCAAAGGCGCUCCAACCGUAACAGCCCGAAACGCCACACCAAUCGUCCUGCCCGGAACGGCACUACAUUUGGCGGUUGAGUUUUGCUCAAAUCCUCCUGCAAACGCCGCCCGAUGGCUUCAUGGCGAUCGGAUCUACACACCCGGCAACCAGUACGGUACGGAGGUGCUCGCUUACGGCUUCACGGAUCUGCCGACGCCGCACUGCAAGGAGGCACGUCUGACCUACGCGCACAUGCACGAGAAGGUCCCGCGCACGUUCUACUUUGUCGUGUCCUCACCAGGAGGCGUCGCUGAGGCGGUGUUUCGCGUCAACUACACCUCCCGGCAUCGGUCACACACGGCCGGUGGCCAUUCGGGCGCCGGUACCGGUCCCUACUCGGGUAGCACGUUUUCCGUCUCCGGUGGUGUGGGUGCAUCUGGGGGAAUGGCCAACGGGAAUGGUGGGCUUGGCAGCGGGUAUAAGGGCACUGGGAGCAGCAUCAAUGCCGUACCCGGGAAUGGGUUGGAUGCCGACGAUGAAACGCUGAUGGAACCGGAGGAAAUUCAUUUUCCCAUCUUCGGCACUAGUGGCGUCGUCUUCACCAAACAGCUGCAUUGGAGUCUUAUCCUGCCGAUGGUACUCCUGCUACGAUUGCUGCAAUCGAAGGUGGCUCUGUAA